AUGAGGAUAGCUCACGGCUCCAUGAGAAUGCGUUUGAUGAAAGAGGCUCUAACACAAGCAGUCUUCAUCCUUUCAUUAAGCAUUCCAUCAGGCAAUUCCGAAUCCUUCCACAACAUUUCUUUCAAUUUCCCGUCUUUUCAAUCAAACGAUCAGGGAAUAACUUUUCAAGGCAAUGCCUCCGUACUGAACUCCAUCAUCCAACUCACUACUCUGGGUAAGACAUCAUCUCCAGUUGGCCGAGCAAUAUAUCAUCAACCCAUGCACCUGUGGGACAGUUCAACAGGGAAUGUGACAGAUUUUGUCACCCAUUUUACUUUCGCUAUGGAUUCCAAUUUAGACGAAAACCAUGCUGACGGAUUGGUAUUCUUUCUCGCUCCAAAUGGAUCACAGAUCCCUGAACGCUCAGAAGGAGGCUUUCUAGGCCUCACUGCGAGUCUAAACUCUACCAACUCUAGUACUGCAUUUGUUGCAGUAGAGUUUGAUCCUUUUCAUGACUCUGUGACAAAUACUUGGGAUCCACAAUGUGAACAUGUUGGUAUCGAUGUAAACAGCGUGGCUUCUGUCACUGAAAGUUGUGUCUCGUGGAUGAAUUACAACAUACUCCAUGGUCAAGAGCUCCAUGCUCAGGUCACAUACGAUUCUAGAGCAAUGAACUUGAGUGUUGUUUUUGGAGACGAUGCUGAAAAUUCUACCAGCCUUUACUAUCAGCCACUCAACCUGACAGAGUACUUGCCGGAAUGGGUCGUUUUUGGUUUUUCGGCAACAACAGGGCAGGCGUUUGAGGCUCAUUCCAUUUUCUCAUGGGAAUUCAACUCUAGUCUACGAAUCCUUGACACAGUAAAUGGUACGAACAAUACCGUCAAUCCACCUGAUGGUGGCUUGACACGAGGGAAAAAGAGUGAGCUGAAGAGAAAUAGAAAUGAUCAAAGUGGAGAAGAAGAAAACGUGCCCAGGAUGGAUGAAGAAUUUGAACAGUCGAAGGGACCCAAGAAGUACUCCUACAAGGUCUUGGCUAUUGCGACUGACAACUUUGCCAAUACCCGGUUGCUCGGGAAAGGAGGUUUUGGUGUGUAUGAAGGCCACCUCGUUGAUGUAGGUUCCCAUGUCGCCAUUAAAAAGAUCACUCCAAAUUCCAAACAAGGUGUGAAGGAGUACGCCACUGAAGUGAAGACGAUUAGACAUCUCAGGCAUAAAAAUUUAGUGGAGCUCGUCGGCUGGUGUCAUGAGAGAAACAAGUUCCUCCUCGUGUAUGAGUUCAUGUCUAACGGUAGCUUAGACUCUCAUUUAUUUGAAGAUAAAUUGCCAUUAACAUGGGAAAAGAGGUACAAUAUUGCUCAAGGGGUCGCCUUAGGACUGAGAUACUUGCACGAGGAUUUGAAACAAUGCAUCAUGCACAGGGAUAUAAAGUCUAGCAAUAUCCUCCUUGAUGCACAAUUUGAGGCUAAAUUGGGUGAUUUUGGCUUGGCUAGGAUAGUUGACCAUGCCAAAGGCUCGCAAACGACACUAGUGGCAGGGACCAUGGGAUAUUUGGCCCCUGAAUGCAUUUAUACAGGCAAGGUAUGUAAGGAAUCUGAUGUCUAUAGUUUCGGAGUCGUCCUCUUAGAAAUUGCGUGUGGAAGAAAAGCUAUCGAACAGAGUGCAUCAGAAGACCGAGUUCAACUCGUGGAGUGGGUCUGGGAUCUCUAUGGAACAAGAAAGCUAUUAGAUGCGGCAGAUCCCAAGUUAGGAGAAAAUUUCAAUGCAAGACAAAUGGAGUGCUUGAUGAUCGUAGGCCUCUGGUGCGUUCAUCCGGACCCUAAGGAGCGGCCUCCUAUAAGCAAAGCGAUAAGCUUUUUGAACUUCGAUGCUUCACCACCCAUUCUCCCGCCAAAGAUGCCCAUCCCAACAUAUAUCGUGCCUCCAUCGUCGAUGCCCGAAUCGUCGCACGUUUCGUCCGCAACCUUCGGAAGCAGUGAACCAUAGAGCGCUU